GUGUUACCCCCUUUUAAUCUCUUCUGGAAGAAAACAAAUGUUUACGUAAUGAGAUGUUCGCUGGACUGGUUUGUGGAACCAACAGUGAUAUAGAAAAUCUGAACAACCCCUGAAGGAGUUGAGCGACAGAUUGAGAAAGCUGGCACCUGGGCCAUUCAGAGAGAAGGGGGACCAAGUGUUAAACUCUGAAACAGCCAGGCAUGGAGGUGUCUGCUGUUAAUUACAGCAUCGGGACUCGGAGCAGCGUUUUAAAUUGACCCACGUGACCAGCUCACUUGCUGUAAGAGAAGACUCGGCCAAAGGCAGGACUUUAAGGAGCUCCACAGGAGUGUGAGCAGCACUGCUUCAGCAACAGAGCCUCAGGGCCACAUCUUGGGAAGAAUAUGGCCACUUCCUGGGGGGCCGUCUUCAUGCUGAUCAUAGCCUGCGUUGGCAGCACUGUCUUCUACAGAGAACAGCAGACUUGGUUUGAGGGUAUCUUCUUGUCUUCCAUGUGCCCCAUUAAUGUCAGUGCCAGCACCUUUUAUGGAAUUAUGUUUGACGCAGGCAGCACUGGAACUCGGAUUCAUGUUUACACUUUUGUGCAGAAAACAGCAGGACAGCUCCCCAUUCUGGAAGGUGAAAUUUUUGAUUCUGUGAAGCCAGGACUUUCUGCUUUUGUGGAUCAACCCAAACAGGGUGCUGAGACUGUUCAGGAACUCUUAGAGGUGGCCAAAGACUCGAUCCCCAGAAGUCAUUGGAAAAGGACCCCAGUGGUUCUGAAGGCAACAGCUGGACUGCGUUUGCUGCCAGAACAGAAAGCCCAGGCUCUGCUCUCUGAGGUAGAGGAGAUCUUCAGGAACUCACCUUUCCUGGUCCCGGAUGACAGCGUUAGCAUCAUGGAUGGAUCCUAUGAAGGCAUACUAGCUUGGGUUACUGUGAACUUCCUAACAGGUCAGCUGCAUGGCCGAGGCCAGGAGACUAUGGGGACCCUUGACCUGGGGGGUGCCUCCACCCAAAUCACGUUUCUACCCCAGUUUGAGAAAACCCUGGAACAAACCCCUCGGGGCUACCUCGCUUCCUUUGAGAUGUUUAACAGCACCUUUAACCUCUAUACACAUAGUUACUUGGGAUUUGGACUCAAAGCUGCAAGACUAGCCACUCUGGGAGCUCUGGAAGCAGAAGGGACUGAUGGACGUACUUUUCGAAGUGCCUGUUUACCAAGAUGGUUGGAAGCAGAGUGGGUCUUUGGGGGUGUGAAAUACCAGUAUGGUGGUAACCAAGAAGGGGAGAUGGGCUUCGAGCCCUGCUAUGCAGAAGUGCUGAGGGUAGUUCAAGGAAAGCUUCACCAGCCAGAAGAGGUUCGAGGAAGCUCCUUUUAUGCUUUCUCCUACUAUUACGAUCGAGCCGCUGAUACACACUUGAUUGAUUACGAAAAAGGGGGUGUUUUAAAAGUUGAAGAUUUUGAAAAAAAAGCCAGGGAAGUGUGUGACAACUUGGAGAGCUUCUCCUCAGGCAGUCCUUUCCUCUGCAUGGAUCUCAGUUACAUCACGGCCUUAUUGAAAGAUGGCUUUGGCUUUGCCGACAGCACCCUCUUACAGCUCACAAAGAAAGUGAACAACAUAGAGACUGGCUGGGCCUUGGGGGCCACCUUCCACCUGCUCCAGUCUCUGGGCAUCGCCAGCUGAGGCCACGCGCAGCCUCUGAAGCCUGCAUUUCUGAACAAUACUUUAAUGGGAAGGAGUGGACUCAGACAUUUUCUGACCUUCUCUGGGAAAAGCCUGGACCGAAAUCUGUUAACUGGCUUUAUAAGGAGGGAGGGGGUUUAUAGAUGAGUCUCGCCCUUGAGCCUAGUGAUUUGGGCUUAAAUAAUUUUGCACAUCUAAUGUGAAUGGCUCCUAACCACUUGGGGGGUGCAUAGCUGGCACCAGAGUGUAAAUCUUUUGAGAUUCUUUGUAUGUUACAGAGUCCUGCAAAGAAAAAAAAAAAAAAAAAAAAAGAAGGUUUGGAACUCCAUGUUAGAUUUUGAGUUCAGAGACAGGUCCCUGGGAACCAAAGAACAAUCUCAUUUCAACCCUUGGAUGCCUCACUGCUUUGGAUGGUUUCAUUUUCGCUUAUAAGCUAAAUUAAGCCGAUUUACUGAAAUCCCAUAACCCAUCAAUACUGGUAACUUUUUUCUUCCUAUCCUUAUUCCCUACCCUAAAAUCCUGGGGGAAAAUACCUGGCUUGUCUUUCCAUCUAUGAUUGAGAGGGAGAGGGGAAAGGGUGCUGUAUUAGAAUUUGUGUGAUCCUGUGGCACAAUAGAUCUACCAACCAAUUUAGAGCUUAGAGUUGUCCUAAGUGUUUUAGUUUUAGAUAAGGGCCUUGUGUUGUUCAGGCUGGCCCAGAACUCAGUAUGUAACCCAGGUUGCCCUGAAUUAUCAAUUCUCCUGCCUCAGCCUCCUGAACCUUGGGAUUACAGGUGUGAGCUAUUUUGCUCAUGUCGUGGUCAAUCUUACCAAGAUGGAGAGAGUAGCAACUGCCUAAAUUAGAGCUACAUGUCAGGAGACCGUCUGGUCUCCAGGGAUAGCGGUUGCCACUCUGGGCUUGCACAUUCAGCUCUAGAGAUGUGUGCCUAUCCAGUUCCAGCACUGCCUCCCAAGCCAGCGUGUUUAUAGAAUUAGACACGGCUCUGAACUGGGUACCUUUAUAUUUCUGUGACGUACAGCCGUGCCCUUGUUUUUGCUCUGCGGUUAGAAGUUAGUGUGUGAGCUAUUUGUGUCUCAAGAUUACCAAUGCUUUCAGAUGUCCUUUUGUGGGUUGAGGUGUGAAAAGUGCUGGAGAUUGAACCCAGGACUUCUUGAAUAUUAAGCACAAUGUGCUAGUACUAUGCUUUUAUACUAGGGUUUUCCUGCCUAGGCCCUUGCUGAAUUUAGCUAUUUUCUGAAUUUAUUGUUUAGCUCAGGAUUUCAGAUUCCCUUUCCAAUGAUACUCAAAUUUGAUUUGCUAUCAAAAUUGGCUAUUUUGAUCCAUGUUGGUACAGGUCGGAACAAUGAGUAGCAUUAGAGAACCAUGUUUUCUCUCCCAGGACGUUUUCUGUAUUGUGGUUGAACACAGGUCGUCCUGCAUGCGAGGCAUGGGUGCUCACUCUACUGCAUUAUUUAGCCCUUUAAAGUCAUUACCUUAAAGAUUUUAAACUUCUGUCACCAUGUCGUUUGUGGUAUAACAUCACUGGCCUCAGGGUCUCCUGUCACAGCACUUUACCCUUCCUCUUCUCUUUCCAGGAAGUUUUCAUCUUCCCUAAUGUAAUUUCCGGUCACCUCCUUUUCCUUCCACUCUUCACAAAGGAUGUGACUAUGCCUUGGCCCAUGGGGAACCUUGUUUUUUAAGCCAUUACAUUGAGUCAAUAAUGUAAAGAAAGAGAAGUAUUAGACCAGCCAUAGUCCACUAAACCACAGUUGAGAGAAGCCAAGCUGUUUCUCCAAGAGUAAGCUCUGCUCAUUAAAAAUGCCUUUACAACAGGCCUUAUGGCACAGGCCUGUCAUCCUGGCUACCUUGGAGGAUUACAAGUUAUAGGCUUGCUAUGUAACCAGUCUGAGUCUACUCUAGGCAACUUAGUGCAACACUCAAGUUCUAAAAGGGAGAAGUUAGAAGACAGAGUUCAGUGGCAAAGCUAUUUGGCAUGUCAGGCCCUAGAUUCAAUCCCCAGCACUAAAAAGACAAAGCAGACAACUCCAGCUCUACACAGCUGGUCUCUGAUGCCUCCGACACAGGGGCCCUAGCUAGAAAGAGAACAGAAUUCUUAAAUACAUGGACUUUUACCUCAGAAAUUUAUCAGCAUAUAUUCUGUUGAUCUUCGAGUUUUUUGUUUGUUUUGGUUUUUGGAGACAGGAUUUCUCUCUGUGUAGCUCUGGCUGUCUUAGAACUCACUCUGUAGAUCAGGCUUGCCUCAAAGUCAGAGAUCUGCCUCUGAGUGGGCCUUUUUUACUAAGGGGCUUCUAUGUGUUCUGAAGUUCCAUCUCUGUGAAGACAUUAAUAUACUUUAAAUACUUGGGAUGGGAUCUGGUACAUGAUGGACGCUUUGUGUGUCAUCACUACUAUAUGAAGAACAUCUGAGCCACGGAAGUCCUGCAAAGUGUGCCUUAAAAUUCUCACCUUUUUAACUUUUUUUUUAUACACUAAAGUCAGUAUUCUUAUGAAGGCUCCCUUUUUGAAAAGCCACCUUGUCCCGAGAGGCUCUGGCCAUCAUUUUUCCAGCAGCUACCAUCUUUUAUUCUGGGAACCUUCUCUAGGUUUACUGACAUCAUUACUUUGUACUAAGUUGUCCACGUUGCUUACAAAGCUGCUCUGUAGCAACAGCCGUCUCAUCCCCUCAAAGCUAUUCCAAAACAGUUUAGCUUAUCUGAAAAGGAGGCUUUCUUACUUCACCUUUUCAAAAUAAACUUCUGGGCAUGACAUUCUGUAGUGUUCUUAUCUAACAGCUCAAGGUCUCUUCUGGAGGCCUCUGGUACUUUGCAGUAUAUACUUCAAAACCCCAGGUAAUGAACCACUCCGUGUUAGCCACUCGCAGCCACGCGUGGAGGACUUGGGCAGCUGCUCAGCUCCCUUCUGACUGGUUCCUGAGGCCUCUGCAGCUGUGUAUGCAAUGAGAUUGUGUAUUGUUUUAUUACUGGACAGAGAAUGGUAUCCCAGAGAGGAGCCGUAAAUAAAACUCAACUGUGGAGCUGUGACGAGGAGAAACAGCAGGGUUAGUAAGAUCUCGCUGUUAUUUAUCUCCGCGUCCCCCUUAAACCCAGCGUACUUAUAUGCAAUUUAUAUUUAAUUGGCAUGCCAGUGUUAAUUUUAAAACAACAAUCUAACAAAAAUAUAUCGGGUAUCUCUAAUUCUUACUGUCAAGAUAAUGAUAUAAAUUUAUGACAUUUAUUUAGAAAGGAUUGUUACCAUGUGAAAUUCGGGAGAGCAUCUCGGCGAUUCCUUUGUUUGUGUAGUAAUAAAAAGCUCCUUUCAAUGAAA